CUGUCUACGCAACGAGGCGAUGCGCUCCUGCGCGUCGCGCCAGGUCGCGUCCCCCCACCGGCCCCGCCAGUAAUGCUAGUGCCUGGCGCUGUGGCGUAUUCGUAGCCACGGCUUCACCCCAUUGACGCAAGUGGCACGUUUGAGGGUACCACCGAACGCUCCGCGUGUAUCUUCAUCUUUAUUCCCGAAGAUGGUGCUCGUCUGGACGCGCUCAGCCAACUUAUGUCCGUCGUAUGCGCGCAAGCAAGUCGUUCUAUGACAUACCGCCACCGCCUCGAGACAAUUCCGGCGCUCACUCAGGUCGUAUAAGAGAACCUCGCGUUAUACGCCAUUCUGCAUCUUGACCACUCCAGUACAAGAUGCACUUCUCCACCUCCACGUUCCUCUCCGCGCUCGCACUCUCCGCCGCCUCGUUCACGCAGGCAGCGAGCCUCGUGAAGCGGCAGAUCGUCAUCCCCACUCACGGCACGACCGUCGCCCCCGCCGACGGCAGCACGAUCACGCCCAGGACGAUGUUUCCCUUCAGCUACGAGAACGCCAACGCCUGCAAGUCCGGCUACAGCCCCAUCUCGGUCUACCUGAGCACCUCGCCGCCUACCUCCGCCGACGUCACGAACGCGGGUGGGCUUGUGAACGGUAGCUUUGUGUUCCAUUUUGGAGACUACCUGAUCCCGAACUUCGGUCUCCCUCCGUUGGAAACCCCGCCGCCGGCAACUUUGACCGCCCCGACGCUCGACGACGUGGCGGACGGCACAACACUCUACUUCUCUGUCGUGGAGUUGUACAGGAACUGCCCUGGACACGUUCCCCUUAAAUUUGGUCUGGAGACCACGACGGUGAACUACGCCUGA